AUGCAUGCAACAAACUCUCAAUAACGGUUUUCGCCGACGUUAACGGCGGAAGGAUCUCGCAAGAGUAAAAGCUUUCACGGCAAGAAACGGCGUUAAGAACGAGUUUGAUAAGAUGACGGGUCGGUGAUGGGAGAAGGCACCGACGUAGUUUGUUAGAGUAGUGGACCCCAUACUCAACUACCUUAAGUGGGGUCCACGAUCAAAAGCCAGCUAAUCACGCGGGACCAAUUUGGAAAGCACUUGGAACUGCAUUCCGUACAAUCUGGUCUCCAAAAUCUAUUCAUAUAUCUAAGAUUUUUUUAUUUUAAUUUAUUCUCUUAUAAAAUUAAAUUCUGCCAAAAUUAGUCAAAUUUUACUAAAAUAUCAGUAAAAUUAAACUAAAAUUUUGAAGUCAUAUCUAAUAUAUGAUACUAUAUAGUACAAAAUUUAUAUAAUAAUUAUUUAAAUUAUUAAAUUUAUGCCUUUAUGCAAUAAUAUAUUAUGCACUUGAUUUUAGUAAUAUCUUAUAAUCUUAAUUCAAGUCAAAUUAUUCCCUACCUAUUUAUAAUCCUAGUCAAACUAGAUUAGCUCAAAAACCUCUAUAAGUAAGCUUAGUGAAGAGAUUAAUUAAUCAAUCAUUAAAGAAGAAGAGUGAGAUUAAAUCAAAGGUGAUACUAUGGGUGAUGUAUUGAAUCUUUGUGUUAAAGGGUGUGGAUUUUAUGGAAGGGCUCAGAAUCGAAAUAUGUGUUCUAAGUGCUAUAAAGACUUUAUUAUGGAAGAAAUAAUAAGUAAAUCUUUAUCUAACAUCCACUUGAGUAGUGAUACUACUAGUAUUACUACUCUGACUUUUAAUGAUACUAAUGAGAAUGAUGCCAUUACUAAUUCUCUUUCUGAUCAAUUUAAAGAUUUAAAAAUUACGAAAAAUAGAUGCAAUGAUUGCAAUAAGAAAGUUGGAUUGACGGGGUUUUCAUGUCGUUGUGGCAAUCUCUACUGUGGUCAUCAUCGCUUGCCCGAAGCACAUGCUUGCACGUAUGAUUUCAAGGGCGCUGCUCGACAAAACCUCAAAUUACCACUAGUUUGUGCAGAUAAAUUGGAGAAGAGACUUUAGUUUUGAACAUUAAUAUCUUUCUUUUAUAUGUCGAACCAUAUUGUUAUUUUUUUUUAAAAGUAAUUUCUGUGUAAACUUUAUCAAACCUUAAUUCUUAAAGGUGAGAGAGUCUGGGAUUUCUAUGUAAGAUUGAGAGUUUGCACUACAUAAAAAUAGAGAUGGUUUUUUUGGCCA